AUUUAAUAACUGUGCCGGUAACAAGGGAGUUCGAUAUGAAACCAACAGCCUGGACUUCAAGGUGAGAGCGGAUGGGACCAUGUACGCUGCCCACCAGCUGCAAAUGCCCUCGAAGCAGCUGAUCCUGGUGGUGACUGCAUGGGAUCCCCAGACCCUGGGCAGAUGGGAGGCGAUUGUCAGGUUUCUGGUGGCAGAGAAGUCGCAGCACAAUGGACACAAGCCAAAAGGAAGGAAGACCGUGCCUGGAGAACUGGCGCAGCAGCAAAGCGAUACUCUGCUCCCGUGGCGCCAGCAUCACAGUGCUAAUGGCCUGCGGCGGCAAAAGCGAGACUGGGUCAUCCCACCGAUCAACGUGCCAGAAAACUCCAGGGGACCCUUUCCACAGCAGCUGGUUCGGUUUUUGGAAGCAGUAGAAAGAUUAACUGUAGAAAAAAGAAUUCCCUGGCAGCCUUUUUCAGCUCUUUCGUUGGAAGAAAAUGGUGACAAUUAUAAAAUUUCAGAACUGAUUUUGAGCAACAGUGGUGUGUCAUUGGCAUCCCUUCUCAGGAAGUUCACCUAGUCAUCUUGAAAUAGUGCCUGGAUUCAAAUGACUUGUCAUCAUUACCUGUUUCGCACUGAUUAGCUGAUAAUUUUCUGCAUAACUCAUGUCUGGGAGGAAGAAAGGAGCUUACUGAGUCCUUUAGAAGUUCAGGUGA